UCACAGGAGGCGCCGCUUCAGUUUCUCCAGCUCCCUUCCGGCGAAUUCCCUCACACACACUAGUUCGCCCCUUCAAACCCAACUCAGAAUCUCUCUCAACCGCCCGCUGUUGUUGUCACUUCAUUUUCCGGAAAAUGGAUGAGGAUGAUGAGAUGGAUAUGAAAGUGAAAAAGUACCUUAGAGGUGAAAGCGCCAAUUUGGAGAUUUUGCAAGAUAGAAAAUUGAAGGGUCAGCUUGCUGUGAGGGAAGAAUUAUAUGGAAAGUCUGCAAAAGCUGCUGCCAAAAUUGAGAAGUGGCUCUUGCCGAGUGAAGGGGGCUAUUUGGAGGCUGAAGGUAUAGAGAAGACAUGGAGGAUCAAACAGGAAUCAAUUGCCCAAGAAGUAGACAUACUGAGCACCAGAAAUCAAUAUGACAUUGUUUUACCAGAUUUUGGUCCUUACUCGCUGGAUUUUACCUCAAGUGGACGCUAUAUGGCAAUAGCUGGACGUAAGGGCCACCUCGGCAUCCUAGAUAUGAAAAAUAUGGCCCUAAUCAAAGAAUUUCAGGUUAGGGAAACUGUUCGAGAUAUUGCAUUCCUGCAUAAUGAAUUAUUCUUCGCCGCUGCCCAGAAGAAGUAUCCUUAUAUAUAUAACCGUGAUGGCACAGAACUUCAUUGUCUGAAGGAACAUGGUGCGGUGUUGAAGCUUCAAUUUCUGAAAAAUCAUUUCCUCUUGGCUACCAUAAACAAAUUGGGGCAGCUUCAUUAUCAGGAUGUCACCACAGGGCAAAUGGUAGGCAACUACAGAACUGGUCAUGGUCGUUCAGAUGUUAUGCAGGUCAAUCCCUUCAAUGGGGUGGUUGCAGUUGGUCAUUCCCGUGGAACGGUAAGCAUGUGGAAGCCCACCAGUGCUGCUCCUGUGGUCAAGAUGCUGUGUCACCAAGGACCUGUUACAGCUUUGGCAUUUCAUAGUAAUGGCCAUCUGCUGGCAACAGCUGGUAUGGAGAGAAAAAUCAAGCUCUGGGACUUGAGGAAGUUUGAGGUCCUCCAGACUUUGUCCGGUCAUGCCAAGACCUUAGAUUUCAGUCAGAAAGGGUUGCUUGCUGGGGCAACUGGAUCAUUUGUUCAAAUUUGGGGGGACCUAGCUGGAUCUCAGAGUUAUGACCGCUAUAUGGGUCAUUCAAUGGCAAAAGGGUACCAAAUAGGAAAGGUUGCGUUCCGACCAUAUGAAGAUGUUUUGGGCAUUGGGCACUCCAAGGGCUGGUCUUCGGUCUUAAUUCCUGGAUCAGGAGAGCCGAACUUUGAUACUUGGGUGGCGAAUCCAUUUGAAACUCCUAAACAGCGGAGAGAGAAGGAAAUACAUUCUCUUCUUGAUAAACUCCCUCCGGAGACAAUUAUGUUGGAUCCCACGAAGAUUGGUGCAGUGAGGCCUACAAGGAAGAAAGAAAAGCCAACCAAUCCGGAGAGAGAGGCAGAGUUGGAAGCCGCGGUUGCUGCUGCUAAAGAUAUUCCUAUGAAGAAGAAAACAAAAGGUAGGAAUAAGCCAAGUAAAAGAGCAAAGAAGAAGCAGGAAGCUGUAGAAAAAGCUAAGAGGCCCUUUCUGGAACAGGCAGCGAAAGAAGAGGAGUUGUCUAAAGAGAAGAGGAAGCGAAUCAGCGAGGAAAAUGAAUUACCAAAAUCUUUACAGCGGUUUACCAGGAAGAAAGCAAAAGCAUAAUCGUGGGCAAAUUUUGUUGCUAUGAUCCAUCACCACCAUAUCUAGAGACAAGGUCAAAUUUGUUGUAUUAUAUUGGGCCUGUUGAGUUGGGUCUCAUCAAUUUUGAGGUGUAUACGAGUUUUCAGUAAUUUUGCAGGCUUUGUUUUCUUCUCAAGUGAAAGCGAAAGGAAUAAUGAUCUCUUUCUGAAGUUAAACCGAAAUGAAUUAUAAUUAUAUAGGCAGUUGUCUACAAACAAGAUGGCCCUGAAAAUGGUCGAGGUUUUGUUCGCAAGAGAGAUGCUUAAUAAUUAUAUAUUAGGUCGUCGACUUAAAUGUCCUGUAGUACUAGCGGUUUGCAAGAACAAGGGCUCUCAGGCGCUGAUUGAG